AUUCCCUUCAUUGUCACCUCUCCCGUAUUCCAACUAUCCCGUCCAACAACCGCCAAAAUGCUUGGAAAGAUCGCUCUCGAAGAAGCCUUCGCCCUUCCCCGGUUCGAAGAAAAGACCCGCUGGUGGGCUGGUCUCUUCUCCACCGACCCUGAAACCCACACCAAGGAGAUCACAGAUAUCAACAAGAUCCGCGUCGACUUUGCUGAUAAGUACGGCGUGGGAUACCAGAUUCUGUCGUAUACUGCCCCGGGAGUCCAGGAUAUCUGGGACCCCGUGGAGGCUCAGGCCCUCGCCGUGGAGAUCAAUGACUACAUUGCCGAGCAGAUUCGCGAGAAGCCCGAUCGCUUUGGCGCGUUUGCCACCCUCUCAAUGCACAACCCCCAAGAAGCCGCCACCGAACUCCGCCGCUGCGUCGAAAAGUACGGCUUCAAAGGCGCCCUGGUGAACGAUACGCAACGGGCCGGGCCCGACGGCGACGACAUGAUCUUCUACGACAACGCCGCCUGGGACAUCUUCUGGCAAACCUGCACGGAGCUGGACGUGCCCCUGUACCUGCACCCGCGCAACCCCACGGGCACCAUCUACGACAAGCUCUGGGCGGACCGCAAAUGGCUGAUCGGCCCGCCGCUCAGCUUUGCGCAGGGCGUGAGUCUGCACGUGCUGGGCAUGGUCACCAACGGCGUGUUCGACCGCCACCCAAAGCUGCAGAUCAUCAUGGGCCACCUGGGCGAACAUGUGCCGUUUGACAUGUGGCGCAUCAACCACUGGUUCGAGGACCGCAAGAAGCUGCUGGGCCUGGCUGAGACCUGCCGCCGCACCAUCCGCGAGUACUUUGCCGACAAUAUCUGGAUUACCACCUCCGGGAAUUUCUCCACCACCACGUUGAAUUUCUGCAUGGCCGAGGUGGGGGCCGAUCGCAUUCUGUUCUCCAUCGAUUAUCCCUUUGAGACCUUUGGGGAUGCCUGCGACUGGUUUGAUAAUGCCGAGUUGAACCUGAAUGACCGCUUGAAGAUUGGCAGGGAGAAUGCGAAGAAAUUGUUCAAGUUGGGUGAUUAUAAGGAUUCAAACGCUUAGUUAGUUCUUCUUAUUUAGAUAGAUGUAAAUAUGUACUUUGGGCUACCAAUAUUAUAAACACUCUGGCAUUUGG